UGCUGCAUUGUGGUCCGGCCCGGCCGGCGGCGGCGGCGGCAGCGCCGAGCGAAGAUGGCUGAGAAGCAGCCGCAGAAGCACGACGGGCGGGUGAAGAUCGGCCACUACGUGCUGGGGGACACGCUGGGGGUCGGCACCUUCGGCAAAGUCAAGAUUGGGGAACACCAGCUCACACGGCACAAAGUAGCGGUCAAAAUUUUAAAUAGGCAAAAAAUUCGCAGUUUGGAUGUGGUUGGGAAGAUCAAACGGGAAAUCCAAAAUCUGAAGCUUUUCCGACACCCCCAUAUUAUCAAAUUGUACCAGGUCAUCAGUACACCAACAGAUUUUUUCAUGGUAAUGGAAUAUGUGUCUGGUGGGGAAUUGUUUGAUUACAUCUGUAAACAUGGACAUGUUGAAGAGUCCGAAGCCAGGCGUCUUUUCCAGCAAAUUCUGUCAGCUGUAGAUUACUGUCAUCGGCAUAUGGUAGUUCACAGAGACCUGAAACCAGAGAAUGUGCUGCUGGAUGCAAACAUGAAUGCCAAGAUAGCUGAUUUUGGACUGUCCAACAUGAUGUCAGAUGGCGAAUUCCUGCGAACCAGCUGUGGCUCGCCCAACUAUGCAGCACCAGAAGUCAUCUCUGGAAGAUUGUAUGCUGGCCCAGAGGUUGAUAUCUGGAGCUGUGGUGUUAUUCUCUAUGCUCUCCUCUGUGGGACUCUUCCUUUUGACGAUGAGCAUGUCCCAACCCUCUUUAAAAAAAUCCGUGGAGGUGUCUUCUACAUUCCCGAAUACCUCAACCGUUCAGUUGCCACCCUCCUUAUGCAUAUGCUGCAGGUGGAUCCACUCAAACGAGCAACCAUCAAGGACAUCCGAGAACACGAGUGGUUCAAACAAGAACUGCCCAGUUACUUGUUUCCAGAGGAUCCUUCUUACGACGCCAAUGUCAUUGACGACGAUGCCGUGAGGGAAGUUUGUGAGAAAUUUGAGUGCACUGAGUCGGAGGUGAUGACCAGCCUGUACAGUGGGGAUCCUCAAGACCAGCUUGCGGUCGCUUAUCACCUUAUUAUUGACAAUCGGAGAAUCAUGAACCAAGCCAGUGAGUUCUACCUUGCUUCCAGCCCUCCCACUGGCUCUUUCAUGGAUGACACUAUGCACAUCCCUCCGGGGGUGAAGCCCCACCCGGAACGGAUGCCUCCUCUCGUAGCAGAUAGUCCCAAAGGAAAGUGUCCCUUGGAUGCACUGAAUACCACGAAGCCAAAGCCGUUGACUGUGAAAAAAGCCAAGUGGCAUUUAGGAAUACGGAGUCAAAGCAGGCCUUAUGACAUCAUGGCUGAAGUGUACCGUGCUAUGAAACAGCUAGAUUUUGAGUGGAAGGUGGUGAAUGCCUAUCAUCUUAGAGUCCGUAGAAAGAAUCCAGUGACGGGAAAUUACGUGAAAAUGAGUUUGCAGCUUUAUCAGGUUGACAAUCGCAGCUAUCUGUUGGACUUUAAAAGCAUUGAUGAUGAUGUUAUGGAGCAACGGUCAGGCUCUUCUACACCUCAGCGCUCCUGCUCUGCAGCCCGCUUGCACAGGCCGAGGCUGAGUCUUGAUUCCGCCACCGCCGAUUGCCAGUCGCUUCCUGGGUCUCUCAUGGGCUCCUUGACCGGGAGCAUGACCUCUGUGACACCUCGUCUCGGUAGCCACACCAUGGAUUUCUUUGAAAUGUGUGCCAGUCUCAUCAUGGCGCUGGCUCGCUGACAGGUAUCAUUCAGAAGCUUGAUUUCUUUGCAAAAGCUGGAUGUAAAAGGAUAGUUUGGGCACGUGCAGCAAGGAACCUAAUCGUUGUGGUAGAAAUCCCAGGUUCGGUACCCAGAAUAUAUGAUGUAUAUUAAGGGAAGUAGGCAGAUGUGUUCGAUUUUAUGUAAUCCUUAUUGCAGAAUUUGCUUCAUUCUUUUUGCAAGGAAUUUGAAAUAGUUGAGUUAGAAGUUAGGGUAGAAGUGGAGGUAGAAAGCAGUGAAGGAGGGCUUUGGGCCCGUUUUCCAACAGCUGGUCACUGUCCAGUCUCAUCGCUUGCCACACUAAGCUUCAAUUAUGCAGGAAACAGCAACAUCUGCCAAAAAUCUGAAAAAUGUCUCCAGUCACAGAAUCCACAGUGCCCCUGCCAGUGUAAACAUAUCAGUGCAAUAAUGUUCCUGAAUACUUGAGUAUUUCU